GCCCCCGCCCGCCUCGCCGAGGUCCCGCGGGCCCAGGAGCGAGAGGUCUGGCGCCCAGAACCAGAGCGGGUCGGCGGGAGCAGGCGUCGCCUCCAAAGGACGCCCUCGCCCUCCGGCAGGCGCUGGCUCCAGACCCUGACCAACCAGCUGGGGGCGUCUCUGCGGAACUGAGCCGGGGUAGGGCCGGGCAGCCCAUAAGAUCAGAACGGGGUUUUCUCCCGGGGUUGCGGUUUCUUUGGCCAGCGGCGCCCUCCCCGGCCGGGGCCGCCCACCUGCAAGCCCCGCCCCGAAGACUGGAGCUUCCCUGGGGGUGGGCUAAGCCAAGGCCACGCCCCGAAGGCGGGAGGGGCUUUGGGCCGGACCUGUCCGCCGUUAGGGCUCCAGCGCCAAGUUCAGAGCCACGCGCUGUGCUCUUGGCCGGGAGGAGGCUGUGCUGCCCCAGCACCUCUUGCUCCACGUCUCCAGAGAGCCCAGGGCCCUGUGGCCGAGUGUGUCCAGCCCAGUGUCACAGGGAGCUUCCACAUCUCAUGGCUCCUUGCUGGGCCAAGCCCUCCAGAACCCCAAACCCGCAAAGACUGAUGGCUGCCAGAGUGGCCACCUUGCUUAUCCUGUGGCCCCGGCCCUGGUGAUCACCAUGGCAGCUGGGAAGGGAGUCCCAUUGAGCCCAUCGGCUGAAAACAGAUGGCGACUUAGCGAACCUGAGCUGGGCCGGGGCCGCAAGCCAGUGCUGCUGGAGAAGACAAACCGCCUGGGCCCUGAGGCUGCUGUGGGCAGGGCGGGCCGGGAUGUGGGCAGUGUGGAGCUGGCACUGUUAGCAGCCCCAGGCAAGCCCCUACCUGGCAAGCCACUGCCCCUGAAGGCGCGUGGGGAGCAGAGGCAGAGCGCCUUCACGGAGCUGCUGAGGAUGAAGGACUGGCAGGUGGAUCCUCAGGCCCAGGAGAGGGAGCACGAUGACCCCACAGGCCAGCCUGGCAUCCUGCAGCUGACCCAGGACAUCCCCAGAGGCCCAGCUAGCAGCAAAGUCUUCUCUGUGUGGCCCAGCGGAGCACGAGGUGAGCAGAGAAGCGCCUUUAGCAAACCAACCAAGCGACCAGCAGAGAGGCCUGGGCCAACCUCAGUCUUCCCUGCAGGGGAAUGUGCAGACACCCUGGGGGAGCUGUCUGGACUCCUCAACACCGCAGACCUCGCUUGUUGGGGUCGACUUUCAACUCCCAAGCUUUUGGUUGGUGAUUUCUGGAACUUGCAAGCAUUGCCGCAGAAUGCUCCACUCUGCAGCACUUUCCUGGGUGCCCCCACACUGUGGCUGGAGCACACCCAGGCCCAGGUGCCCCCACCCUUGUCAUCCUCCACCACUUCCUGGGCCCUCCUGCCACCCACCCUCACCUCCCUGGGCUUGUCCACCCAGAACUGGUGUGCAAAGUGCAACCUGUCCUUCCGCCUGACGUCCGACCUGGUCUUCCACAUGCGGUCCCACCACAAAAAGGAGCAUGCAGGGCCUGAUACACAUUCUCAGAAGCAGAGAGAAGAGGCCCUCACCUGCUCUGUGUGCCAGGAGCACUUCCGGGAGCGCCACCACCUCUCCCGGCACAUGACUUCUCACAGCUAGCAGGUGGCCGCAGAGUGACCUGCUGGGUGCGGCAGCCAGCCUUUGGCAGAAGGGGGCUCCCUGGGCCUGCCUUGAGGGGGAUGUCAUGGUCCUUUGCAGAGCUGCCACCUUUGACAUUCAUAGAUAAACAGCUCAGGCAUAAUUUGAAAAAGCCACACCUGCAUGAUGUGUUUUGAGGGAAACGAAGUCCUGAAAUAAAGUGAUGGGCUUUGCAAAUCCAGGGUAAAGGCCCUAACAGGCACAGAGAGCGGGGGCGACUCCUGGCACACAUCAUGGGCUUUGGAGGCACCCAAGCCUGGAUUCGAAUCUGGGCUCUUUCACAUACCAGCUGUGACCCCGGACAAAGAGCUUUAACCUGCUGAGUCCCCAUUUUCUUGUCUGUGAAGUGGAGAUGAUAACGCUGUGUAUCAGGCUGGCAUUCAGGUCACAUGAAAGGCGUGCGGAAAGUGGCCAGCAUUCUGCCUGCAGACCCUGAGCACUGAGUCAACGAGGUUUGUGAUGAUGUCUGUACUAGUCAGCUAUUGUCAUUAACAAGAUCUCCAUGGCAUACAAGCUAAAGCAUCUGUCUCAGUCAUGAGUCUGUGGGUUGGCUCAGGUUAAGCUGAGCUUGGCUGGGCUUGGCAGCAAGUCUCAGAUUUGAUCAAGUCAUGUUCGUUUUCUUCUUUGACUGGUGGGCUACCCAGAGCGAGCAUGCUUCUUUUGCAGUUAUGCCAAGAACACAAGAGGGUGAGUCUAACAAGCACACUUGAAGCCUCUGCUUGGGUCGCAUUGCCAACGUCCUCUCAGCCCAUACAAGUGGCAGAACCAGGCCCAAUACUGAGGAGUGGAAAAGUGUAGGCUGCCCUUGAUGAAGCUGUGACACGGGAGUGAGCAUCCAUCCCCUCCACAGGAGGGUGAAGAAUUGGGAUAGGUAAUUCCAGCCAACACCUGGUCCAUAGUUCUUUACAUUGUGAGUAUAUGAGUAGAGGGAAAUAGAACCCCCUCCCCACCACCUACACACAUGCCCUUUUACCUUCCAAGAAUAGGACAUGUGCAAAAACUAGGCUUCCAGAUUGUGAAGCUGGGGAGCAUUCUAGGUACCAUUUAUUAUCUACUGCAUUUCGGUCAGUAGCUAUUGUAGGUACCCGCAUCGGCCCUUGUUCCUAAGGAUGUGUGGAGCCCAGGCUGUACUCUUUGACAUUGCACAGGUCAGUCUGCGUGAAAGCCCUUUGUGGGGAGUUUCCAAGCCAGUGUCGUUUUUGCACUGGUUUCCACCUCACUGUCAGAUACUGUUCUUUGGAUAUGCAGUUUCCAGCCCUCCAAUGAGCCCCCAGCACAAAGCUCAGGCUUGUGGCUGGGAAUAAGCCAGGGUGAGCAGGUGGGGAUCUCAGCCAGCCUCCCAGACUGCACCUCUUCUCUUGCUCUCCUCUGUCCACCCUUCCAGGCAGCAGCACUCCCACCUGGCUGCUCUGAUGUCCUCACUGCCUCCAUUCUUGCCUCUCACCAUGCACCCAUCCAUUGCCCACACGCACACAACCAGAUCAUCUUCUGAACGUGUAACUCAGAUGAUUCCUCCAAACCUGUGGCUGCCCUUCACACUUACAGGCCUAAGGACCCAGCAGGCCCCAGCAGGACCUGCCAGCUGCUUCACAAACAAGUCCUUGCCUGUUGUUAAUUGCAAACACUCAUUUCACGUCCCUGUGUGCCACACAAUAGCAUAAGCACUGGAAGAAUACAGAUGUUAUAGUGAGGCCUAUCAUAGCCCUGGGAGGCAAGAGCUGUUUCCUUUCCAUUUCUACAAUGAGUCAAUUGCAGAUGAUGCUAUAACACUUCCAGUGUUUCUGACACUCCCCUGAAGCUAUGCCUGCUACCUUCAUGGGCUGAGCUUGCCCUUAUGAGGCCCACAGGUGGCAGUGGGCAGAGGGCACCCCGCUAUACCACCUCGCUGCUGUUCUGCUGUCUGCUCCCGUGUUCUGACUGCAGCUCUCAUGCCGUUUCUCAAGCCUGGGCUUCAUUCAGCAUUUUCUCUCUAGCUCUUUGUGGUGCCGCUCCUGCUGUGGUUCCACAGGGCUGCUUCUCACAGGUCAGCUCCUUAGAGAAGUCUCCCAGAUUCCCUAUAAAGCAGCCCUGCAGCCUCUGUCACUCCUGCCGCAUCACCCUGUUGCUUCCUUCACAGCAUGUCUCACCAUCUGCAACCAUCUUUCUGUUUGUUGUCUUGUUGAUUUGCUGCGGCCACACUGUCAGCUCCUUAGGGGUAGAGAUUGGUUUGUUUACUGUGCAUCCCUGGUGCCCAGAACAGGGCAUGGCGUACUGUUGGUGCAUAAUAAAUAUUGUGGAAAUAA